GCGCAGCCCAAGGGCCCAAAGGCAAGGGAUGUCCUGCUAAAGCUUCACUGAUUUGCGGGUAAGCAAUUCGGGUCCACUCGCGGCCUGGAGGUCGGAUAACGAUCUCGUGUGUGUCGGCGCGUGUCAAGAUAGUGAAGAAGUUAUAUACAGGCCUUCUCGCCUGCACUUGUCGUUUGGAAGCUCCAUCCACCGACUCUUCGAGCAGAGAAGCAAUUAUUCAAAUGCCUAUGUGAUCUGCAAUACUCGAAUAGAUACUUAGCUCUCUGCCUCCGCUAUGGCAGACAUCAAUGAGAAGAUCCCCGAGACAGCUGCCGAUGUUCCUGUCGAUGUGAAGGACACCGUUUCCAGUGACCCCAUCGAUGAGGAGCCCGUCGGCGCUUCGGGCCGUCCUGAGGGAUGGAUGUAUAGAGAGGUCAAGAUUGGGCCUAUUCAGAUUCCGUGGUAUGCUUCUCCUAAGACCCAGCUCACCAUGGUUGCAUUUGUCUGCUUCAUGUGCCCGGGAAUGUUCAAUGCUCUUGGAGGUUUGGGAGGUGGUGGAAAGGCUGAUGCGACUACUGCUGAUAACAUGAACACCGCCCUGUACAGUACUUUCGCUGUCUUUGGGUUCUUCGGCGGCAGCAUCGUCAAUAGAUUGGGUGUCAAAUACACUCUAUCAUUCGGUGGAAUUGGCUACUGCAUUUAUGCCAUGGCUCUCCUGGUCUCUGUUCACUCCACCCACACCGGAGGCUUCAGUAUAUUUGCUGGUGCUUUCCUCGGUAUUUGCGCCGGUUUGCUAUGGACUGCUCAGGGAACCAUCAUGCUCUCGUAUCCCAACGAAGGAUCCAAGGGAAGAUACUUUGCCUGGUUCUGGGCCAUUUUCAACUUGGGUGGUGUCAUUGGUGCUUUGAUUCCUCUUGGGCAAAACAUUCACGUUAAGACCAAUAGCACAGUUAACGAUGGCACCUACAUUGCCUUCAUUGUCCUGAUGUUCAUUGGUUUCCUUCUUGCUCUGCUUCUAUGCAACGCCAAAGAUAUCUACCGUGAGGAUGGGUCUCGUGUCGUCCUCAUGAAGCACCCAACAUGGCAGUCAGAGUUCAUUGGACUUUAUACGACUCUCAGGACGGAGCCUUACAUCAUCCUCCUAUUCCCAAUGUUCUGGUCAUCCAACUGGUUUACCACUUACCAGUUCAAUGCAUUCAACGGAGCUUACUUCAACACUCGUACUAAGGCUCUCAACAACCUUUUGUACUGGACUGCUCAGAUUUGGGGAGCCUUAAUUUUCGGAUAUUGUCUCGAUAUUGAGCGAGUCCGCAGAACAGUUCGUGCCAAAGUAUGCGUAUUAGUGCUGUUUGUCAUUACAAUGGUGAUCUGGGGUGGUGGAUAUGACUUCGCCAAGACCUACACUCGUGCUGAUGUUGCUCAAAAGACGUUUAUUCCAAUGGACUGGCAAGAUGACGGAUAUGUUGGCAAGAUGUUCCUUUAUAUCUUUUACGGCUUCUAUGAUGCAAGUUGGCAGGCAUCUGCUUACUGGUUCAUGGGUGCUCUCUCUAACUCCGGCCGAAAGAUGGCCAACUACGUCGGUUUCUACAAGGGCAUCCAGUCCGCAGGUGCCGCCGUCAUUUGGUCUAUUGACUCUAACAAACGAUCUUUCAUGGCAGAGUUCGCCUCCACCUGGGGGCUUCUCUCUUUCUCGCUUGUCUGCGCUGCACCUGUCAUUUGGCUAAAGAUCAAGGACCAUGUGACAGUGGAAGAAGAUUUGGUUUUCUCCGACGAGACGUUGGCCGAUGUCCUCCCUACUGGACACCCUGAGAAAGGUAUUGUUUAAAUUGAUGUUUCAGCAGCUAUUAGCGAGGAUUUUUCAGAGUUAUAGUUUGAUUCGAGGUAUAUUUAGGGACUAAUAGGAAAUAUAAGGUAGCAAGUAAUAGGUAAUGAGUCAAAUCUGAUAGUGAGACUGGGCUUAGAGUUAAAAGUUUCCGAUCGUCCACGUGACUUUCCAAUACAUUAUACUCCUAUUUGACUUGUAAUGGCACGUAAGAGACAUAAGCACGGAUAAGUCGAGUAUAAUAGAGUAGCACGGAAUAUAAGAACCGUUAUAAUCCUC